AUGCUUCAACGGGAGCGUCUCCGCGGCCGUUACCGGGUAACUAAAGUGUCAAUCAAGAUGCUGUACGCCGUCAAAUUUCACAGCCGCCCCAUUGACCACUUCUUGUCCUCGGAGGAUGCUGGGGAUCGGACUGUAGUUCACGAUGAUACCCUCUGGGGUGGCCAAGAACCAGCCCCAGCGCAUGUCAUUCGCAGAGCGGAUCAUCUCCACCGCGUCCUCCACGUCAUCCAGGACGCAGCUGCAGAAUGGUAUCCGUCCGCCGUUGUGGACGUCUUCCGUGCGGUUCACGGUCACGCGUUGCAUCAUGUGCCGCGGCCGGCCCCAUUGCAACUACUCAGCGCGAUGUGCAAUCUCUACCAAGCGGUUUCUUCGAGUCUAUUUGAGGACAUUCGCCAUGGUAAUGGAGCACCCGUGUGCGUUCGAUACCAAGUGGUCAAGGAUUGCACGUUCGAGCGCUGUGCAAACCGACACGUUUUAUGUCAACUACCUCCGGAUGUCCUGCGCUGGGUGACAUCUACCCACGGGCCGCUCAAACAAGGCCACCCACAGCGGACAUGA